CCGCAGCAUCAACAAAAAAAGAUUAAAAAAAUUGCCCACGGCAUAAUGAAACAGUAAAUAGAAACCCAAAUUGGUCCUCUUUCUCUUCUUUGCUUUUUCUUUCAUCCACCCAUCCAUUUAACCCCUCUAUUUUUGCCCUAUAAAUUAUCACGACACUGAAUAAAAAACAUGAGCAACGACAAGAAGCAUGGAUCAAUAGUACACUUGGGCGCCGGUGCAUUAUCAGGCGUAACCUCCUGCGUCCUCCUCCAGCCCUUCGAUCUGCUCAAAACGCGCAUCCAGCAGAGCCACACACACGCAGCAGCGACACAUGGCAAAGGAUCGGUACUCCGGGCAGCCAAAGCAGUUGUCGCCGGAGAGGGCAUCCGCGGGCUCUGGCGAGGCACCAUGCCGUCGCUCCUCCGGAAUGCACCCGGAACCUCAUUAUACUUUUACUUUCUCAGUCACACAAAGUCACUUUGUCUAUCGGCUGAGCGACGCAUCUCUAAAGAUCCGACAAUCACCAAGCUCAGCGCCACAAGCAACAUGAUGGUAGGUGCAUCAUCGAGGGCGUUUGCCGGGUUUCUUUUGAUGCCUGGCACGGUGCUCAAGGUAAAGUAUGAGAGCAGUCUGUAUAGGUACGCGGGAAUUGGCGACGCGCUGAGGGGGAUUUGGCGUGCGGGCGGUAUGCGCGGGUUUUUUGUGGGCGCCGUACCCACUGCUAUUCGCGAUGCGCCAUACGCGGGGCUGUACAUGCUCUUGUAUGAGUCCAUCAAGCACAGGGAGCGGUCGGCAGCGGAGUCGCGGGGCGUUGCUUUGCCCGAAGCCACAGUGACCAUGGUGGCCGGCGUGAUGGCUGGGCUGGCCGCGUCAUAUAUGACUCAGCCGUUUGAUAUGGUCAAGACCCGCAUGCAGCUGCGCCCCCUCGAGUACACGUCUGUCGUGCAGUCGUUUGUAAAGAUUUUCAAGGAGGAGUCGGUGAUUGGGUUCUUCCGCGGCAUCUCAUUGCGCGUUCUGCGGAAGGGCGUCCAGGCGUCGCUGGUGUUUACGCUGUACGAGUGGGUGCUCAGGACCAAUUCUCAGACCAAAGCGACGCCAUCAGCCACGCUAAAGGCGUGAGGUAACCUCAAAUACGGGUGACCUCGGAUUUCUAAAACACAGCAAUAGUUCAACUGAAAAUAAACAAAAGA